CGUGAGUCAUAUCUACAUCAGAUAGGGAAGGGUGGUUCCUCGCUGUAAACACUCUCAGGUACACAAAGGGGUGGGAGGAUUUCUUUAACCGUGGCCUUCCAGAAUCAUAGGGCUCAGGUAGAGUUCAACACUAUCAGAAUGCAGGGAAGUCUCUCCACGGAUUCAGCCUGAGGCUAACGAGGUACACAAGGGGUCGCUGGGUUCUCAGGCGAGCCUGCACGUGCAUUUUCCGCGCCGCGUGAAGAGGCAGCAAGCCGCGACGACGACCGGAGAAAGAGCCCGCCGCCAUUACUGCGCAGAACGCCAAGGGCCCCGGCGGCCGGCCGGGGCAGCCCCACCCGCGCGCGCGCGCGCGCGCAUCUGCGCAGACCCGGCCUCGGCGCGUGCACGGCGCCGGGCUGCGGUGACUGAGGGAGGCGGGCCGGGUCCCGGUGGCGCGGCCGCCGAUCCUGAGAGGCUCAGGCGGUGGCGGUGCUCCCCGUCCGAGGGGCUCGACCCCAGCAGCGGCGGGGGCGCCCGCGGCCCCUGGGCGAAUUGAGGAUGAGGCCCCGGGGCGACGGCGCGGCGCGACCACUUCCAGCGGCCGCGCCCGGGGGUUGGAUCGGGACAAGAAUGGAUGUGAGGAAACCACCUGGAGGUGACAGUUGAGACUAGACUUGGGACUGUGAAGAGAGGGCGAAUACUAAGAGUACAAUGACUCAUCUCCUCACUGUGCUGCUAGUAGCUGUAUUUACAUCUUUUGGAGUAUUUGUGGAAGGUUUUCUAAAGCUUGUAUCUGAGGUGGGUUUUGCAAGGUUAGGCAUCUGGGACUUGGAGAAGUUCAGUAACGUGUGUGAAGUCAUCCAGCUCAAAAAUGAUGUAGCCAGUAUUCCAGUACAAGUUAGUUUGAAUCCAAGUAAGGCAAAAGAGAAUGAAAGAAGUAGAUAAUCUUGAAAGCAUAGAAGAAGAAUGGGUUUGUGAAACAGGAUCUGAUAACCAACCUCUUAAUGAUAAUCAACAAACAAAUUGUGAAUAUUUUGUUGAUAACCUUUUUGAGGAAGCUCAGAAAGUUGGUGCCAAAUGCUUGUCUCCCACUGAACAGAAGAAACAGGUAGAUGUAAGCAUAAAAUUAUGGAAAAAUGGAUUCACAGUCAACGAUGAUUUCAGAAGUUAUUCUGAUUGUGCAAGUCAGCAAUUUCUUAACUCCAUCAAAAAAGGGGAAUUACCUUUAGAGUUACAGGGAAUUUUCGAUAAAGAGGAGGUUGAUGUUAAAGUCGAAGACAAGAAAAAUGAACUGUGUAUGUCAACCAAGCCUGUGUUUCAGCCCUUCUCAGGACAGGGUCACAGACUGGGAAGUGCAACACCAAAAAUUGUCUUUAAACCAAGGAGUACUGAAGUUGAGAAUAAAAAUAAUUUGUCUACUGUCCAGCUAAACAACCUAGAACCCAUCACUAACAUACAGAUCUGGUUAGCCAACGGGAAAAGGAUUGUCCAGAAAUUUAAUAUUUCUCAUAGGAUAAGCCACAUCAAAGACUUCAUCGAAAAAUACCAAGGAUCUCAAAGAAGUCCUCCCUUUUCCCUGGCAACAGCUCUUCCUUUUCUCAGAUUGCUAGAUGAAACACUCACGUUGGAAGAAGCAGAUUUACAGAACGCUGUGAUCAUUCAAAGACUUCAAAGAAAUGCUGGACCUUUUAGAGAAUUUUCAUAAACAUUGAUUUCUGAUGCACUAAGUAGAGAGCUUGCAAAGAAAUAAAUGCUGGAUGUAAGUGGAAAUUCGAGCCCAAAUGGGAGAAAAGAAAAGUCAGGUUCAUUGGACUUUUUCUUGGAGUAUUAAUUUAACUCUCUACUUGAUGCAAAGAUUCUUAGAUAAGUACAAGUUAAGAAAGUAUGACUGGAAAGUAUAUUGAAAGCACUCUUUCCAAAAAGCUACUCAUAAAGAGAAACAUACGUAAUUUCAAAUACCAGUAAUUCAACAUAAGACAUGUUUAAUAGCUAUGUCAUUUAGAAUCUUAACAUGGUAUAAAUUAGCAAAUGUGUUCACAGCAUCAUUCCCAGACAGCAGUGAUUUAUUUAAAUGUUAGCUAUCUAGGAUUUUUAGAUAGCAAUACACACAAAAAAUAUAUAUACAACAGGUUAUAAACAUCAAUAUAAUUAUUUUUAUACUUGAGAUACAAUCGAAUGGCUGGAAGGGACUGCUUUCACCUUAGGCACAUAGCUAUGCCUAAACUUCAAAAUGUUCUCAGUUUGCCUUCUCUAAUGGCAAGAUAUACUCAAUUAUUCAUUUGGCAACAGUAUCUGAGAUGUCUUUUUAAGAAUAAAAUGAAGGAUAAAAUUAUUUAGCUUAGUAUAAUGUCAAUAUUGAUGUGCCUACUCAUAUUUCUAUAUUUUUGAAAAGUGUAAUUUUAAAAAAAUUAUUUUCUCUCCAGGAACCCUACUUCGUUCCCUAUCUUACUGUCUUUUGCAAAUUAGGGAUUUGUUCUUCUUUGACAUUUGGAGUAAGCUACUCAUGUGCCACCACUCAGAUUCUUAUGCUUGUGUUGUCACAUUGAUAAUUAAUAUUUUUAAAUGUGUCAUGUAAAGUAUGGUUUUCUAUUCAAUGCGUCAGAGUCAACCCAUGCAUGUAUUAAAGGAUUAUUUACAUUCUGAUGUACCCAAGGAAAACAUGCUUUUUUUUAAUUCAUUUUAUUAUCAUUAAUCUACAAUUACAUGAAGAACAUUAUGGUUACUAGACUCCCCCCUUCACCAAGUCCCCCCCAACAAACCCCAUUACAGUCACUGUCCAUCAGCAACACAUGCUUUUUAUCUUAGACUUUUAACUAAAACCUAUUAGACUUUAGUAUUUCACUAUCAGAUUAAAUCCCCUUUGCCUAAAAAUAAGCUUUUUUUUUUAAGUAAUCAUAUUUAAAGUAAAAUACACAUUGAUUGUGCCAAAGAAUUAAGUAGCCAUGCCUAUCAGCAGUAAUGUUCAUAGGCACUAGAUGUCUUUUGGAAAGAGCAGUUCUCAAUCUUUUUGGUCUCAAGAUCUUUUAUGUGGUUUGUAUAUAUUAUGUUAAAAGUUAUAAAUAUUUAUUCAUUUAAUAAACACUUGAUAAUAUAAACAUUUUUAUGAAAAAUGUCUAUUUUGUAAAACAAAAAGAUUGUGAGAAAAGUGGAGAAUUGUGUUCCAUUUUUUGCAAAUGUCUUUACUGUCAAUUAAAGAAGACAGAUGGAGUCUUGUAUCUGCCUGUACAUUCAGUCUGUCUUGGUAUCACACAUGUAGCCUCACACAUUUACCGUCAGAUGGUAAAUGCUACUGUAUGCUCAUGAGGAAAUGAAAACAAAAAAGCAAAUAACAUCUUAGUAUGAUUAUGAAAAUAGUCUUAACUUUGUAAACCCCUUAAAAGAGCCAUUCUUAUAAAGUAGUGAUUUGCAGUGAUUUUCAAGCCCUAGUGUAAGAAUUACUUGGGAGAUUUCCAGAAUGACUAUUCUGGCCACAUUUUGAUUCAGUGUAUCUGGGGUGGAUCCCAGAUCUCUGCAUUUUUUAUCUCAACUGAUUCCUACGUAUAUAACCAGUCUUAAUUAAGUAAAUCGUGCAAUAAGCUUCCACCCUAAGAAACUAAAAGUUGCAUGCUUCACUAUGGACAGUGGAAGGCUGUACACUGAAAUGGACCCUUAAUUUUUAUCCUUGUAUAAGGAUAUACAAGGAUAUAAAUUUUAUCCUUGUAUAAGAGUUUGUUCUUAAGCUGCACCCCUUUAAGUCUGAAUUAUUUAUGACAUAAACCAGUAUUAUAUCUUUAAGCACAGCUGAAGGCUGGAACCCUUAAAUGAGGUUUUUAUUAAAGACUCAGGAAUAACAAAAGGAAAUAUAUCACUAGAUGAUCUAGCUUAUAAAAAUCUUCUUUUGAGGUCUAGUUUAAGAAUAUUUUACGUGGUAGAAGGCCAUCUUUUAAUUACGAAAAGCAGGAAGACAGGAGAGCCUUAUCCUUUUGUCAUUUCUUCUCAAAAAUGAACAGAUAUAUAUUAGAAAAUAUUUAUUGUCAGUAAUGUUUACAGCUAUGAUAGUCUAGUGAAACAAAAUAGCAUUCUUAAAAAAAAUGGGAUGAUAAGAUAAACUUUCAGAUAAUACAGUAACAACUAGUUGUUUCAAGAAUCUAAGAAAAUGUUUCUUAAAAUUUAGGCCUUUCAUGAAGCAUUUUACAAUUUUAAUUUGCAUAUAGUCAAUAUGUGAUUCUCCAUAUAUUUCUAUAAAGGGAACUCUCGUUGGAAAUACUUUACUUUUACCUACAGAAACAUCUCCUUUGUGGAUUUUGCAGUUUAUAUUAUGUAACCAGAAGACAUAUUGGAGGUUUUCUCAUGUGUUCACUUAGAAAACACGCAGUAAGAAGUUCCUAUAGAGAAGGACCUGUCAUCAGCAAUAACUUCAUGUUUGUAGCUGUGAAAAUGUUCAUUAAUGUGAAUAAUCUCAGAGGUUUUCUAAUGGGAAUCAUCCAAUAAAGCUUUUUACCUGAAAAUUUAAUAAUUGUAAAGUGUGAAAUACUUAAAAUACGUUGACUUUAGAAAACAUGGUUUUGGCAAGGGAAGGCAAACUUGAAAAUAAGCUUCUUCGGUGGAAUACAGUUUAACCCAUGUAGUUGUUUUUAUAACUCAUCAAUCAGUUGAAAGUCAUUGUUAAGGCUGACAAACAGAAGGACAAUUUUAAUUUUGCAGAUUCUAAUUUAACGGUUAAAUUACUAUGCAUUAUCCAGGUAAUAAAAGUGAUCUUACUUCUUUUAUGCACUUCUCUCAUUCAGAGUAAUUUUCAUUAUAUUUCAUUGUGAUGAAAUAUGGUAUGUAUGCAUCUAUUUCAGUGCCUUAAAGUAUUUUGAGAGCUUUUACUAAUGGUUAACUGUUGUCUUAAGGAUGAAAUACUACUAUUCAUUGAAAGGAUCUGUGAAAGAAUUUAUACUUGUUUGUUAUAAAAUAUAGGAUGCAUUUGUCUUUUAUUUGGCCAAGUCAUUCAGUUUGAGAACCAACAAACAUUAGGUGCCUUCUGUUUGCCAGGUACUGUUACCAAUGUUACUGUCAUUUAAUAUACAGAAGUGUUAAAAUAUGGUAUUUUAAUACUAAUUCAAUGGUUGUGAUUAUAUUUUGACAAUCCUUUGUGUCCUGAAUUGAAUUAACAUAAAGACUGUUUGGUAGGGUUUGCUCUCUGUUCUUUCAAAGUACAAACCAUUUAAUUAAAAAAUUGUUCAUUAUAUAUUGAAUAAAACUGGCUUAUUUGGGAGACUA